UAAUGUGUGUGCGUUGGUUUCAACGUAGCACGUCGUGUUUCCCUUCCUCAGUCACAGCGUGAUGAGAGUGCUAGUUAACGGGUUUUUUAUUUUUUCGUCUGAAAAGUUUUGCAUUUACCCCGCUUUUAAAACCUUGUUUUAAUGCUGUUUUGUAAGACAUUCCGCUCAAGGGGCGCAACACAGUCUGUUGACCAAGGCGAAAAAAAGACGACUUCGUUUCUACUGAAGAGUGUCCGCUUCCCCUCCCCUCCAUGAAGCGCUGCGAUGCCCUCUGAUUUUGUAUCCCUCCUCAGCUCGGACCUCGACCUCAAUUCACCCAAAUCUUUAUACUCUAAAGAGUCUGUAUAUGACCUCCUCCCCAAAGAGCUUCAGCUUCAGCAGUCGACCACCCAGACCGACUCAGCCGCCAUGAGCCAGAAGAGCGGGGGAGAGGCGGGGCCUCCUCCCUCGGCAGCCUUGGCUUCAGAUGCAACGUCUUCCACCUCCAGCCCCUCUGCCUCCUCCUUGGCGAUGGGAGCCCCACCAUGCUCUGGCAUAUCCACUGGGCCCGCCUCCUUGUCUUCAGACCAUCAUAAGGCCCCCCAGCAUCUUCACUCCACUGGAGGGGAUGGCGCUAUAACUUCAGAAGUGCAAGUCAUGGAGGGAGCUGUAUCUGCUCCCAGCAGGAGCAACAGUGGAGCAAGUGCUGCAGCAGGCGAUACUGGGUCAGGGCUCGGAGUUCAGCAGCCUCAGAACACCCCAUCAAAGCGGAGGCCUGUACUGAGCAUAUCUCCACCACCUGAGGACCUGUUUGAUGACAGUCAGAUGUCCUGCCUAGAAGAGCCCCCUGUAGCUGGAGCACCAGGUCCAGACUCAGAGCAAAGCAGCAGUAUGUGGGCUGAUGACUCAGUCUCCAACUUCAGCUUAGCCAGCUCCUUUUCCUACAACGACAACACGGAGGUGCCACGCAAAUCAAGAAAACGAACCCCUCGUCAGCGACCUGGCCCAAAGUCUGCUCCUCCAGAGGACAGUAUGGAUGUGUUUGAUGCUGACAGUGCUAAGGCACCUCACUUUGUCCUUUCCCAACUUGGCACAGAUAAGACCAAUCCCAUGACCAGCUCUCUUGAGACUGCAGUGAAGGGUGGCUCACUAUCUGCCCAGUUCCCCUCGAAAAGCAGUGGGAAAGAAUUAAAGAUCCUGGUGCAACCUGAAACCCAGCACAGAGCUCGCUAUCUGACCGAGGGCAGCCGUGGUUCUGUCAAAGACCGCACACAGCAGGGAUUCCCUACCAUUAAGUUGGAGGGUGUGAGCGAGCCAGUUGUGCUGCAGGUGUUCGUAGCAAAUGAUGCAGGCAGAGUGAAGCCACAUGGUUUCUACCAGGCUUGCAGAGUAACUGGCCGUAACACUACCGCCUGCAAGGAAGUGGACAUUGAGGGCACCACUGUUAUUGAGAUCCCUUUGGAGCCCAGCAGUGACAUGACACUUGCGGUGGACUGUGUGGGAAUUUUAAAGCUACGCAAUGCUGAUGUGGAGGCACGUAUUGGUGUGGCAGGAUCCAAAAAGAAGAGCACCCGUGCUCGGUUGGCCUUUAGAGUCAGUAUCUCUCAGACGGAUGGAUCCAUGCUCACUCUACAAGUCCCCUCGUCGCCUAUUCUGUGCACCCAGCCAGCAGGAGUACCAGAGAUCUUGAAGAAGAGUCUUCACUGCUGCUCAGUGAGAGGAGGAGAGGAAGUUUUUAUCAUUGGAAAGAACUUCCUCAAAGGAACCAAAGUCAUUUUUCAGGAGAACAUAGCAGAUGACAGUUCCUGGCAAGCUGAGGCCAAGAUAGACAUGGACCUUUUCCAUCAGAAUCAUCUGAUUGUGACAGCCCCUCCAUUCCACAACCAAUCCAUAACUUCCCCUGUUUCUGUGGGAAUUUUUGUGAUGACCAAUGCUGGUAAAUCACAUGAAGCCCAAUCAUUCACCUAUACUCCAGACUCAGCUGAUGACACAGACACCCAGACAGUAAAAACAGAGGCACCUUCCUUCAAGACAUGUAUAUUUGAUAGUCAGAUCAAAUCAGUGUCUGACCAAGCUGAAUGUUGUGGUCAGCCUACCAAACGAGAAGAAGACACACCAAUGGAAGUGUCCAGCAAUCCACCGCCCUCAAAUGUCUUUAAGCAAUCCCCUAACCCAAUUGUCGCAGUGCAGCAGACACUGGAACUCAGCUCUAGCCCUCAUUCAAGCGGGGAGUCUUUUCAGAGCUCAAUGCCCCUUCAACCGGAGGAUGUGGAGCUUCCCCAGGCGCCUCCCGUCUUCCACAGCCUAGAGUCUCUCAACUCCAUGCAAAAGCAAGACAUUGCCCCAACCACAUCCUUCCCAAUGUCAGGAGAUCCAACAAUCCCUCCUGUGACGCCAGAAGUUCCCCAACAGUUCCUCCGAGACCCUCAGGAAAGCCUGCCUCCUGAACGCUCUAACAGCAGUGGUGGGGUUGUGGUAGUAGCUAUGCCCCAAAUAGCAGCACCCUCUCAGCCACAGCAGUCACAGGUUCCUUUGUUUGCCCAGGAAGGAGUCACCCAGCUGGAGAGAGCCGUAAGAGAGCUCCAGGCUGGAAGUAAUCCCACCCUUCAGCAGGUUUUAGAGGCAGCUGUAGUCCAGCAGCAGAUAAACUCUGUGCUUUAUAGCUCUACACCCUCUGCAGAAUCCCUUCAACAGCAUGUCCAAGAGAACAUGAACAGCCUUCGAUUGGGAGCUACAGAUAAUUCGCUGUCGCAACAGCAACAACUGCAGAUGCAGCAGCAGCAGCAGCAGCAACAACAACAACAACAAAUGCAGCAGCAGCAGCAGAUACAACAGUUUCAACAACACCAACAACAAAUGCAACAACAGCAACUCCUUGAUAACCUUCAACAGCAGCAAGUCAUUGGAAACAUACAGAUCCAACAACAACUUAUCCUACAGCCACAAGACCAACAGCAACUACAGCAGCAACAUAUUUUGGAGAACAUUCAACAACAACAACUGCAACAGAAUCAACAACAAGUCAUAAAUAACAUCCAACUGCAGGAUCAGCAACAGAAUCAAAUUCUUAGUACUUUACAACAACAUCAACUACAACAGCAACAAAGCCAAGCAUUGAGCAACCUACAACAGCAGCAGAUGCAGGAACAGCAAGCUUUGGAGAAUCUGCAACAGCAGCUGCAGGCCGAGUUGCUCCAGCCUCAGAUCCAUUCCUCCCCCCAAGUACAGCAGCCUGUCUCCCUCCUUCAGCAAGCUGGUGAGAUGCUCACGAUCCAAACCAGCUUCCCAACACAGCCCCCGUCUCAUACGUCCCCCCCACAGCAGCUCUUCCAGUCCCCUAGGCCCAUUGCGGAGACACAGGGCUCCCAACAGCAGGUUCAAGCUGCCCUGCUCCAGAACACAUUAACAGUUCUGACAAGCGGCAGCCUGGGUACUGAGCAGCAGUACCUUUCCCCAAACACUCAGUCCCAACAGCAGCAGCAGUUGACGUUCAUCUCCACCAUGGAGACAUCUUCCAGCCAGCCCCAGUCUGUUGCCAUGUUUCAGAACCAGCCUCAAGCUCAGCUGUCUCAAAUGCAGCAACAGAGCACCCCCAUGGAACAACAACAAUCCCCACAACAAAGUCAACAACAGUCCCCGCAAAUUCCGAUUGGGCAACAGGGAUCCUUGUUCCAAAGCAUACCAAACCAUUCGCAGCCUAACCCCAUUCCCCAGAGCCAGCUCUCCCAAACACAGCAGGCUGGUCUGCUCCUCUGCACAUCUGAUCUAGACCCACAGGCCAUUCCCCAAACUAUCCUUUUCAGCAACCAGACCCAAGGCCCCUCCCCGAUGGGUGGCAUCACUGUUGGAAUCCCCCAGCAGGAGCCAGUAGAACCUAUGUCCUUCCAGGAUCAGACAUCGACAUCUGCACAGAAUCAACAGCGGAGCCUGUUCCAGGAACAGCAGCCGAUGCAAGUGGGCUCGAGUUCUUCUAGCGUCCCUAACACUCAACCUGUGGAGCUAUUCCUACCGCAGACGACCUUAUCCAGCCUCCAGAGUACUCUUGGUUCACAGGAUCUGAACAAUCAGGCGGCGCCCCCCAGCACAACAAUAUUUGUGGUCCAAGGGACUGUGGGUGUGGUGGACAACCCUGGCCAGCAGCCCCCAGAGCAGCUUUUCCAGACAAAUGUGGGCGAUAAUGUGUCCCAACGAGGACCAGCCAACCUGUUUGUGUUUGGCAUACAGAAUGACACUCCCCAGCUCCUCAACGCCUCUGGAUCAACCCUUCCAGUUCCGAGCCAAGCCCAAAACUCGGGUCACAUGCAGCCCCUCAUGGAACAGCCCAUGGCCCAGGCUGCAACCUCUAUGACGCCCACCAUGCACAGCAGCUUACAGGGCACACUUCAGGCACAAAUGCAGUCCAGCUUGGAGAGCGCCAUGCAGAGCAGCCUGCAGAACGUCAUGCAGACAAACGCCCAGGUGACCCUGCAGCCCGGCCUGCAGACCACCAUAGACACAAGCCUGCCGACUCCAAUGCAGACCAAUCUUCAGAUACAAAGCAGCUUACAGAAUACACUGCAGGGGUCGAUAUCGCCGUCAUCCAACAUGGGCAAAAUAGAGGACCUACUGGAAAGCCUACAGAAGCAGUGAGGAUGUGCGCGGACCACGUGGAGAGAAGGUGACAUGUAGCCAUGUACUCCUAAUAUCAACAAGACUAGCGGCGCAUGGUGUUUUGUGCCAAUGCCACAAAACUUUAAAAAGAAAAAAGUAUAUUUAAGAAUUAAAUGCCCCAUUUUACCUAAAACUCCCAAAAUGAUGAGCUUAUGUAACUCAUUUUUAUUAACUAUUUAUCAUAAAUUAUAGCCUUUGUAUAUCCAUUGUCCUUGAAUUGAUGAUCUGCCUUUUGUUAUUACCCCUCUUGCAGGAUCAGAGAGGCCUGUAAUAACUGCUUUAUCUGUAAGUCUGGGGGGAAAAGAUGCAGUGUUUUGUUCUCGAGAGUGUUUUAAUAAUGUUGGGCCUACGAGCGGGUCCAACCAACCAGGUUGUUUUUCAUGGAAAAACUGGAAGGAAAGAAAAGGAAUGUCACUGACUGAAGCAAACUUGACAAAGUGUGAUGAGCAGGCAGUAAAACAGUUAGCCAUGGAUUCAACGUCCAAUUGCAGAAAAACGUCGGGCUGAAUCUCAUUUUUGGAGUGUGGAAACUCUUUAUUUGCACCGAGUGGUGACGACUGUAGGCAGGCUUUGUGGAUCAGCUAAUAUGUUUUUUGAAUUACUGAAAUCUGAUAACAAUAAAGGCUCUUAUGUUAUGCACAUUUGACAGGAGGGCACUUUCAAGAUAAUUCAAAACUAUAAAUACACAUUUGUCGAAAGUGGUUUAAAUAUAUUUAUUGUUGGUGUACUUUCAAGUUUAACACUCCUGAAUGAGAUUUAACCUGGUUAAAUACUGUGACUUCUCUGUGUGUUUCCAUGCUUGCAGGCCUCGAAAUAACUAUGAAGUUUGUUGUAUCGUUUUGUCUUUUGAAGGUAAACCUUUACCGAGUCAAUGUGGAUAGAAACUUUACACUCGUGAGUGUCGUGUGGUUUUAUAGACAUUUUAUCUCAAGCACUUUAUAACCUCUUCUGUAUAACCAGCUAAUCCUUUCAUCCAUCCAUCCAUCCAUCCAUCCAUCCACGCAUGCAUCUGUACACAGAAACAUCCAUUAAGACAUAAAAAGCAGAAAAAGAAACACAAAAAAACAAAGUGUCUUUGUACAGGAUAAAAACAUCACAACAAACAAUUUUUCAUCGUAUGUCUGCGUAGUUUUGAUGUCCAAGGCAACUCUGUAAUGAAAUUAUGCUCACAGCUGAAUCACAAGUUUUAUUGUACCAAAGACUAUUAGGGCCACACUGGAAAGAAUACAAAUGUUACGAGAAGGAAGUUGUCCCGAGAAUCAAAUCAUAAUGUUUAUGUGGGACAAAAUCUACUUAAAGCUUAGGGGUAAACAAUCAUUUAAAUGGAAUCAAUGUCUACAUUUUUACAGAACUACAAUCACAACUUAGUCGUAAUUUUACGAGAAAAAAGUUGUAAUAUUAGAAUUAUUUUGAGAAAAAAGCUGUACAUUUUCUGUGGAUAACACUGUGAUAUUUUUUUUGUCCUAACAUUACAAUCUUAAUGAAAAUGUUAGAAUAAAAUCUUGAGUAUGAUUAAAAAGAACAUUAGGAGGAAAAAAACUGCAGUUUCACUGGAAUCAAUUUGUAAUAUUAGCAGAAUCAAGUCAUCCUUUUACAAGACAAAAAGUUGUAAUAUGGGAGUAUGGUUAUCAUAUUAUAAGAAAUCGUAAUUUGAAGAAAAAUGUAAUUGUAAUGUGAAAUUUUGCGUUGAAGUUGCAAUUAUAACAAGAACAAAAUCUAUAAAAAUGUACUAGGGGGAAAAGUUGCAUUUUUACUGUAACAAAUUCAUAAUGACAGAAUAAAUAUGUAAUCUUGUGAAAAGAGGAUAAUAUUAGAAUAAAGUUGUAAAAAAUACAAAUGAAACAGUCGUAUGUCACAUCAGCACCAUCAUCCAUAUGAACAAGUUAAUGUACUUUUCUCAUAAAAGCCUCAUUUCUGUAAAAUGACAACUUUUUCUUGUAAUAUGACUGUAUUCACAUACAGUUUUGUAUCUUUUUUUUGUAAUUUUAGAAUUCCUUUCAGUGUGACCCUAAUGCUCCUCGGUAGAAUAGAUCUAAUAAUAGUCCAUUCCCUUUUUAGUCAGUGUUAGAAUCCUCCAUCGGCUUUUGGCUUGUGGCUUUUUACAUAAGGCUUUAUUCAAAUGAAGAAUAUUUUGUCAUCUUUUGCUCUUUUUGCCAACUCUUCUCCGUUUUUUGUUACCUUUUACUUGUUGGGUUUGGAAAAAGUUGGCGGGCACCGUGUGAAGUUGGCACCUUCCUGACUGUGACAAUGGAGGCUGCCAUUUUGAUUCUAUGGUGCUAUGUUGCAGCGGUGACGGAACCUUGUGAAGAGAUUUUUUUUUUGGAACUAUCAGCCACGCAGGCAUUGUUAGCUACAUGCAAGUUGAGUGGGAGGGGUUCAGACUGGACCGUAAACCAAAGCUCCCGUCAUCAAAUGGUCUCGUGUUGGUCCUUCGGAGAUCGUGUUUACUCAUUUCUAUUGCAGCUCUUAUAUGUACAGUGGAGAGGAACAUAUUGUAAAGGUACUUUUAGUUACGUUUCCACCAAUUUUAUAACUAAGCAUAUCUACACCAACUUGGCGUCAAGCAAAAAAAAAAAAAAGUUUUGACUGACAUCGCUCAUUAAAAAAAAAGCAUUUGUUUACAUCUACUCGCGUCCCGCCGCUUUUAGUGAUCCAUUUUAAAAGUAAAUUAUCUUUUUUAGAAUUUUGUAUCUAUGUAUCAAAAUGUAGACUAUUUUUGUAAUUAAAAAAAUAAACAAGUGCAGAAUAUCAGAGCUGGUAUGUUGCCUGAAAGCAAGCGUAGGUGUUGUGGUGAAAAGAAGGCAAACUGAAUUUUUUUUUUGAAGUUCCUACAAUGGAAGUCCUGAUGUGUGGGUUUAGGUCACUGGUGGUCCCUUUUUCUUUUUCUUUUUUACCCCCCACCCCCCUUCCUUGGUCAUGCAUCUCAAAUGGCACUUUUGACUCACACAGUAACUGUAGGUCAGAUUCUAGGGCACUAGUUUCCAAGCAUUCCAUUCCUAUUGGCUAGGGGGAGCUAAAGAGCACAUGAUGGUGAUAGGUGACACGGAGUAUGCCCUCUUAAAGCCAUACUAACACAAAGAAGAAGAAACGGCUUCAGUUUCACGAAUGUAAUUUUUACCUCAUUGUAUGUGGACAUCAGACCAAUUAGAUGUUGAAGGGUGCACUCACACUGCUCUGCAGGCUGACACUUCCAUUUGGACUCCUUUUGAGGCCUGCGAGGUGGCAGUUAUCAACUGGCGGGAGGAGCGAGUGAGCACGCAGACAGUGGCCUUUGUCCUUGUGGGUUAAUUUUGAGUCCAUCUGUUUAUUUCUCAAUGUGACAGGUGGCAGUUAUGACCAGUUACCGCCCCUGAUCACUAAUAACCGGCAGGAGGAGCGGCCACUCGGGUUGUAUUACUACGCAUGAGCAAGCGUACCGUGUGCUUUGAUUGUGUGGAUCAUUUCGUCUUUCUGUGGUGCACGGUGGCAGUUAAUAACUGGUGGGAGAUAUGGCAUGUUGUGUUGUGCGGACACACGCGUACCGUGGGUUUUGAUUUUGUGGAUUAUGUCGAGUCUUCGUUUGCAUUUCUACUGUAUUAUACAAUGUGACGUUUAUCAUUAAUAACUGGCGGAAUUUCUACUCUAUUUCUGUUAAACAAGGUAGCGGUUAUUCAUAACCAGCAGGAGGAGCAAUGGUGGAUCACAAUAAUGAAAUGACGCGUCUACGUUGUGCACGUGCUCGUGCGUGAGUCAAGUGUGAGUGCGCCCUAACUAAGAAGUGCCACCAACAGUCGUGUGUGUUGGUGUACAUUUGUCCGAUUUGUUGUUUUUCGUUAGUAUGACUUUCCAUAAGCCUUUUCCGCCAGAAGAGAGAACCACAGGAUGGCGGUGUUCGACAAAAAGCACACAAAACCUUUUCACACAAACACACACACAAAAGGAAAAAAAAAAUGGGUUUUGUCCGUCAUGGGUGUAAAUGAAUAUCCGUGUAUAUUUAAAUGUGAAAAUAUACUGCAGGGGUCAUUUCAAUUGUGAUGCUUUCUAAAGAACUUUGUGUGCCUUGAUAACAAAAAAGAAAAAAAAACAUGUUUUCUCUGCUGUGUUUACUGGUGUGUUCCCUCUGUGUCCUUGCUACUUUAGAUCCUCCUACGUUUGGUUCAACUGCAGCCCACACUGGUUUGUUUUACUGCUCAUAUAUUUUUCUUUUUAACAAUCAUAUCAGUUAACGUGCUUGCCACCAGUCUUUCUUUUGGAUGCCUCAUGAGAUUUGUACAAGUGAGGUGAAAGGGACGAAAUAAUGGAGAUUGUUUCCGUCAGUGUUUUUGGGUCUCCACAUUGAUUACUAUUGAUCGAAAUGCUUUGUUUUUUUUGUUUUUUUAUUUAAAAAAAACAAGGAGCAGCCAUGAAGUUACUGUUAAUCGCCAGUAGCGCAAGCUGUAUGUCGUCAUGUACUGAGAAUUGUUUGCUCAUCCACGUUGCUUUCUGUCCCACACUCUCCAACAGUGUGUGUGUGUGUGUGUGUGUGUGUGUGUGUGUGUAGCGUGAGCUUUAGUAUAUAUUUAG